GUGCGCUAUAAAUUGCUAGCAAAGCAUUGUUCAUACGUUCAUAUGUUCAUAUGUUGAUAUGUUCUUUUUUUUUUUUUUUUCCAUCCCGCAAAUUGGAAAUAAAAAAUUGCCCGAAAAAACGUCGCUGCGGUGUUCUGGCGGUAAUUUGAGGAGGCACGAAAAGGGGAAGUUUAUCCUCGCCAGGUCAGUAGGCACGUCGCAAACCAUUCCCUCAUAGUGACAAUACUAUAUUACGCUUAUCUACUUAACCCUUACCGUACGUAUGCAAAAACGAACAGCGCGCCCGCAAAAGGACGAGAAGGAAAAAUGACUUCACUUUGUUUAGCUGCCCUGCCAGAAGCUUAAUCAAAUUCAGAAUGGCGUUGAAAAGGACCAAAAAGAAAACAAUCGCAAAGGAGAAGGGCCCCCAAAAUGGCACAACCAAAAAAAGAAGCAGAGAACAAAACGUCGUUAGCCAAGAGGAGGAAGACCGACUGAGCUUUAACCCCUUUAAAACCAAGGAAGCAAUAAAGCCGUUCGAGUUAAGCAUAGAAAAUGAAAAAACGACCGAUGAGGGAGAAAACCAAACAGACUCGUUUAAGGAGCUGUUAAAGAGAAGGAUAAAACAGAUGAAUCAGAAAAUGAAGGAAAAGGAGAAGAAGGUGGCCGCUCACUUUAGACAAACGUACCAAGAGGAUAUCGAAAACUCGGGGAAGAGCUGGUUCGAAAGCAAGCUGCUGAAUGACGUUCCGCGGAAGUUAACCACGUGUUGAGGAGGCGCAUGGUUAAAAAAAAAGAAGAAAAAAAAAAAAACACAUUUUGAUGAUAACACCCAGGAAGGACUUAACCCUUACGGAUGAGUUCAAUUCAGUUGGAGUGCUUCCCCCCACACAAUAGUCAUUUUAAAAGUGCCCCCCGUUCAUGUGGCAUAUCCCACUAUGUCGUUAAUGUGUGACGGGAUAUUUUCCCCCCACAUUCUGCAUUUAGCAAAGUGGACGGUUAUUUGACUCACAUUUUUUCAAAGCUGCUGCAUCGGUUGAGCAGAUAUAUGGGCAACAAGUCAACCUGUUUGCAAUUUUUUUUUUUUU